UUGACGAUGGCUUUGAAGAAGAGUGUGCGAGACAGUGAGAGCUAUCGCCUAUAGUUGAGUUGAGAGAGAGAAAACAUGAAAGUUUGUACUUUGUAGUAUGUUUUGGAAUUGGGUUUAGAAUCUUGUUUGGGAUUGGGAGAGAAAGAGAGAGAGAUGUACAUAGCUUCCAUGGGAAGGUCUUUCAAGGACUCCUUGAAACUGCUUGAAGCUGAUAUUCAUCAUGCCAAUACCCUGGCGUCGGAUUUUCCAAGGGAAUAUGAUGGUGCAUGCCUUCAGAUGAGAAUGUCAUACAGUCCAGCAGCACACUUGUUUCUCUUUUUGGUGCAAUGGACAGAUUGCAAUCUCGCCGGAGCCCUUGGACUGUUGAGAAUCCUAAUAUACAAGGUAUAUGUGGAUGGGACAACUACAAUGUCUACCCAUGAAAGAAAAGCAAGCAUCAGAGAAUUCUAUGCGGUCAUAUAUCCCUCGUUAUUGCAACUGCAAAAUGGUGUAACUGAUACAGAGGAUAAAAAACAGAAGGCUGUAUGCAUGGAGAGGUAUCGUAAAAGGGAUGAGGAAGAUUACAGACAAUCUUCAGACAUAGACAUUGAAAGAGAAGAAGAAUGUGGAAUAUGCAUGGAGAUGAAUAGUAAGAUUGUGUUGCCCGACUGCAACCAUGUCAUGUGCCUGAAAUGUUACCAUGAAUGGAGGACAAGAUCACAGUCAUGUCCCUUUUGCCGCGACAGUCUUAAGAGAGUAAACUCAGGUGAUCUUUGGGUGUUCACUGAUAGUAGGGAUAUAGUAGACAUGGCAACAGUGACAAGGGAGAAUCUUAGAAGGCUUUUCAUGUACAUAGAUAAGUUGCCUCUGAUCAUUCCAGACUCUCUUUUUGACACAUAUGACUCUCACCUAAGAUGAGUGAUUGCAAGUUGCAACAGACAGAUUUUACUGUCUGGUGUGGUCUUGAAGAGGUAGUUACUUCCAUUCGAUUCAUAAACUCCGAAUGUAAUUCGGAAAAUUUAGUUUAUAUAGAGUUGCAGUGUUGCUUCCAGAAGUAUCCAGCCCUGUGUUUAUGUGGGUUGGUGGUGAAGUUGAGAUGGUAAAUUGUAUGUAGCUCAUGAUCAUUUGUAUAUCCUGUACAGAUUGAAUUACUUAUUAAGAAGAGGUUUGCAUAUUAAUAUUAAUGUGCCUCUUUUGUUAGAAAA